AUGCUGAGUCCAUUGAUUUGCGGAGCAAGCUUCCAGACCGACGAAGACGACCUCCCUUGCGGCGCCGCUUCGUCGUCUCCGUCGCCGAGGAAGCCAUGGGGCGGCCGGCGGGGCGGCAGGAACAACAACAACCCGUACUCCGGCCGCGGCCUCGACAAAUUCUCGCAGCUCCUCUCCGAUCUGGCCGAGAAAAGGCGGGAGAUCUACUCCACCAUGAGCUCUCAGGAUCCGCCUCUCGUCCGAUUCGUCUUCCCCGGCGCCACCAGCGACGCCGUCCCCGUCGUCAUCAAGAUUCGAGAUCCGAAGCCCUCGAAAUCGGCAGAGCUUAAGGAUCAUCCUCAUCACAAUCACAACCAUAGGAAUUUGAAGCACAGUAAUUCAGCAGCUUCCGCAGCCGCGGCGGAGCAAGCAGUGACUAAUUCUACUCCCGAUCAGCAGCACAAAUUGCCAGCGGUAGGGGAAAUAGUCGAGGAAUCGGUUGAUUUUUGCGCUGCGGUGACAGGGAGCGGCGGCGACGCGAGGAGAUUGAUUUCGAUCUUCCGCCGAUCGUGGCGGCGGCCGUCUGUUUAUGUCCCCGUGGCGGUGAUUCUGAUUCUGCUGUUCCUGGCGGUUUUCGGGAGGUCGGUUGCGAUUCUGUGCACUUCGAUCGGGUGGUAUUUGGUCCCGACUCUGACCUCGAAGCGGCCGGAGGAGAAGAAGAAGGAAUAUGUCAGGAAAUUGAGUGGACCGAGAGCUACUAAUGCUACGGCAACCGAUCACGGAGGAAUAAGUUCGGCGUCGGCGUCGACGGCCACUUCUCCGAAGAGCGGCAACGUUAAGAGGAAGGAGUACACGAGGAAAUUCAGCGAGAUCAAGACGGUCAACGAGGGGACUGCUACGCCGCCAGCUGGAUCGCCGCCGCGGAAAGAAUUGAAGCACAGGAAGAGCUUCUGA